CGCGACGCACGUCGCCGCGCCCGCGCCGCGCCAAUGCCGGCGUACCGGCGGAGCGGCGGCGCGCGGCGCCCGGUCCACGACUACGGCCCGCCACUGACGGCCCAGGACCAGGCGCGCAUGCGCCACGCGCCGCCGCUGCGCGUCGGCAAGCGCUGCGCGUUCGUCGGGCGCCUCCAGCCGACGACCAAGCUGCGCGCGACGUGGUGCCUGCGCUUCGGCCCCGGCGGCCGCGCCUACGAGGUCACGUGCACGGCGUCGCGCAAGUCGCGCAAGCGCGAGGUCUUCGCGGACGGCUGCCUCGUGCACAGCGGCGGCCUCGGCCUCCGCGAGCACGGCGGCGGCGCGGGCGGCGCCGACGCGCCCCUCUUCGCGCACGCGUACGGCGCCCCGGCGUCCCCCGGCGUAGCACGCCACCCCCCCCCCACCCGGACGCGCGCGCAGGUUCGAGCACGGCGGCCGCCGCUUCGGCGUCGAGGAGCGCGUCUUCGCGCCCGAGCCCGCCGAGAGCGGCGAGGGCGACGCGGCGGCCGUGCGCGAGGCGUCGCGCUUCGUGCUCACGGUCGACGGCGGGCGCUUCGGGGCGCUGCGCGACGCGGCGCGCGUCGGCGCGGCCGAGGCCAAGGCGCUCGAGGCGCGGUUCCGCGCCGCGGCCGCGACGCCGACGCCGGCGCCGGCGCCGGCCGCGCCGGCGGCCGCAGCGCCCCCCCGCCCGGCGCCGGCCGCGGCGCCGCGGGCCGCGGCCGCGCCCGCGGAGGCGGAGCCGGUCGGCGUCGUCGCGGCGAACGGCCUCGCGGCGCGCGUCGAGUGCUCGCUCGGGCCGGGCGUGCUGGGCGGCGAGAUGGCCCUGGCGAACGACGACCGCGGCCUGCGGGUCGUCGUCGCGCGCGCGGCGCCGACGGCGCGGCGCGCGGGCGUCGCGGUCGGCGACGUGCUCCUCUCGCUGAACGCGCGCGCGCUGCCCCCGAAGCUCGACGCGGGCGAGCUGAUGGCGCUGCUGCGGGGCAACCCGCGCUACAUGCUGAGCCCGGUCGACGCGUGCCUCUGGCGCCCGAAGCUCGCCCGGCAGCAGGGCGUGGCCUACGCCGUCGCGGGCUUCCGCAGCGCGGCCGCCGGCGUCGAGUGGCGCCGCGUGGCCGACACGGGCGACGUCUACGACGGCUACUUCGUCGCAACGCGCGUGCCCAAGGCGGCGCGCGCGACGGGCCUGCGGCCGGGCGACGUGCUCGUCGGGCUCGACUACGAGCCCGUGCCCGCGGCCGCGCCGGCGCCGGCGCUGGCGCGGCUCUUCGGCGACUGGGCGGCCGACGGCAAGCUCCUGCUCAACUACCUGCGGCCGGGCGCGCGCGCCGCGGACCUCGCCGCCGCGGCGCGGGCCGCGCCGCGCGCCGUCCUCGUCGCGGCGCCGGCCGAGGCCCAGCGCGCGGCCGAGCUCUCGGGCGCCGAGCUCUGGGGCACGGCGGCGCUCGCGGCGACGGUCACGGGCGACGGCGGCGCCGGCGACGGCGGCGGCGGCGACCGGUCCCCGCGCGCGCGGCGCGCGGCGCCGGAGCCCGCGCCGGCGCCCGCGGCGCCGGCGGCGCCGGCGCCGGCCGCGGCCGCGCACGCGGCGGUCGCCGAGGCGGCGGCGGCGGCGGCCGACGACGACGACGACGACGACGGCGGCGGCCGGCCGCCCGACGCGCGCGACGACCGGAACUACGCCGUCUUCAAGCGCCUGCUCCAGACGGGCGCGACGCUCGACGAGAUCGUCGCCGAGAUGCGCGCCGCCGGCGUACCGCCCGCGACGACGGACCGCAUCGUCGCGAGCCUGCGGUCGAUCGUCGCGUCGCGCGGCCGCCGUGACGACGGGGCGCCGGCGCCGGCCGAGGCGCCGCCGGCGCCGGCCGCGGCGCCGGCCCCGGCGGCGGCGGCGGCGCCGCCGCCGCCGCCGCCGGCCGCGGCGCCGCCGGCCGCGGCGAAGCCGGACCCGCGCGCGGCGGUCCUGGCCGCGAUCCAGCGGCGCCAGGGCCAGGGCGGCGGCGGCGGCGGCGGCGGCGGCGCGGCGGCGGCGGAGGCGCCGCCCGCGGCGGCGGCGGCGGCGGGCGCGGACGGCGACGACUUCGGCGGCGUCCUGGCGCGCUACCGCAAGAUGUGCAAGCUGGGCGUGCCGCCGGCGUCCGUGCGCCAGCGCAUGGGCCUCGACCAGGUCGACGCGCGGGCCAUCGCGGCGUUCUCGCGCGAGUUCGGCCUCGAGGUCGUCGAGGAGCCCGCGGCCGCGGCGACGCCGGGCGCCAAGCGCGCGAAGCUGCACUGGGACGCCAUGACGCUCGACGACGGCGCCAUGUCGGCGAGCGUCUGGGCCGCGGACGCGUUCGGCGGGCUCGAGGACGACUCGGACGGCGAGAGUGAGGUGGGCGCGCGGCUGGGCUUCACGACCUUCGGCGAGAGCGACAUGGGCCGCCUCGCGACGCUGUUCAGCCACGACGCCGCGCGGCGGCCCGCGCGCGCGCGGGCCGAGGGCGCCGGCGGCGCCGAGGGCGACGCCGGCGCGAUCACGCUCGACGGGCGGCCCGUGGCCAACGCGCGCGUGCUGGACCCGCAGCGGUCGCAGAACCUGGCCAUCGUCGUGGCGCCGCUCGCGCGCGCCUUCGAGGGGAGCUUCGCGGCGCUGGCCUGCGGCGUCGCGCGGCUCGCCGCGGCGCCGCCGCGCGCGUCGGUGGAGCAGCUCGAGACGCUGCGCGGCGCCAUGCCGACGCUGGAGGAGCAGCGGCGCGUGCACGCCGCCGUGCGUGACGGGCUGGCGGCGGCGUCGCCGGAGGAGCUGCGGCGCCUCGACGCGGAGGUCGAGAAGCGCGCGCGCGGCGGCGACCCGCGCGAGCCGAGCCGCGCGGAGCGCACGGUGCCCGGGGCGCUGGCGUCGGCGUGGGAGCGCCGCGUCUGCGAGGACGUGGCCGUGCGGCCCCACGGCGCCGCCGAGGUGUUCCGCGAGGUCCAGAAGGACGCGCGCGGCGACCGCCUCGCGCGGCUGCGCACGGCCUUUGUCGUGGAGCGCCUCGCGCCCGCCGAGAAGUUCGUGUUCGCCGUGGGCGAGUGCGAGCGGCAGCUGCGGCGCUUCGCGGCGCCGGACGCGCGCAAGGGCGCCACGCUCGACGGCGGCGCGGGCGACGGCGCGGCGGCGCGGCGGCUCGACGCGCUCGUGACGGCGCUCUCGGCGGGGCCCGCGCUCGCGGCCGUCGCGGCGCGCGCGGACGCCUACGCCGACUGCGCCGCCAAGGUCAUGCGCAGCCGCAGCCUCGCGAAGCUGCUGCGGCACGUGCUCGCCGCGGGCAACGCCGUGAACGCGGGCAGCAGCAAGGGCGGCGCGUCGGCCGUCAAGCUCGCCUCGCUCCUCGCCGCGGCGCGGACGCGGGGCGCCGACGGCAAGACGACGCUCCUGGACGGCGUCGUGGGCCUGAUCCUCGACCGCGCCGAGCGCCGGAGCCGGCGCGCGGACGCGGGCCCCGGGGAGCAGUCGCCGCGGGGCGCCCCGGCGGCGUUCGCGGCGGACGACGGCGACGACGACGGCGGCCGGCACCGGCGCCACACGUGGGGCGGCGGCCGGCGGCCGUCGGCGGCGGCCUCGUUCGUCGCCGAGACGCUGCGGGACCCGUACGCCGACGACCUGCUGGACUUCCCCGAGCGCGACGGCAUCCUGGCGGCGCUCGAGGCGGCGCGCGGCGCGGACGAGCACGCCAUCCAGGGGGAGCUGCGCAAGUUCCGGGGCCAGGGCCUCGCGCGGCUCGAGCGCGAGGCGCGCGAGGCGGCGCGCGAGUUCGCGCCCGUCGACGACGCCGGCGCGUCGCUGCCGCCGCGCGUCGUCGCGCGGAGCCACGCCGCCUUCUUCCUCGGCGACGCGCGCGCGACGACCGCCGAUGAGUGCCCGCGGGCGUGGCCGGCGUCGACGCGCGACGCGGAGCGGCGGCGGCUCCUCGAGCUGCACGAGCGCGCGCGGCGCCAGUGCCUCGCCACGGAGACGCAGGCGCUGGCGCCGCUGCUCGUGCAGGCGCGCGAGAUCCGGACCUACUUUGCGUGCGGCGCGCGCGAGCCCCUGGACUCCAUCUACGCGACGCUGCGGGACUUCCUGCGAGCGCUCUGCGAGAGCCGCGACGCGCAGCGGCGCGCCCGCCGCGCUCGGCGCCGCGAGGCGGACCGGCGCGCCGCCGCGCGCGCGCGCCGGCGGUCGGCGUCCGACCUCCGGGCGGCGCUCCGGCCGACGCCGCCCGCCGGCGCGCCGCCCACCUGUCAACCGCGGCCGCCGCAACACCCGCCCGAGGACGACCUCCCGAACGUCGACCACGUCCUGGCGAGGGCGCGCCGCCAGCGCGCGGCCGUCGACGGCGACGGCGACGACGACGCCGCGGACCGCCUCGACCCGCGCGACUCGGGCUGGGGCGACGACUGAGUCCGAGCCCCCCGGGGGGGGGUGCGUAGUAUUAGUCGACCAAA